AUGACCUCGACACACCCCACUUCGACCUAUUCCCGGUCGCCCUCGAUUCUCUCAGAGCGCCGGGAUAUGCGCCGGUUGUCCGGCCUAUCUGUUUCUUCCGCUGCCGAUUCAAACCCAGCCCCCGACGCACAAGCGCCCGGCAUCACUGAAGAGAUCAGUGAGAUCAAGCGAUAUGAGGACUUUACUACGAUAGACUGGGUGCAGGAUGCUGUGUAUGAGCAAAGUCGUCGACGAGCUAAGCGACGAAAUGGCACAGGAUUCUGGGACCAGGAAGGCGUCUUUGGUUGGAGACGCAAGCUGGUGGAAUCAUACGAUGCGGGUCAAGCCUGGCUUGUGGUGACCCUAGUUGGUGUGGCAAUUGGUGUCAAUUCAGCUUUGCUGAAUAUUAUCACAGAGUGGUUGUCAGACAUCAAGCUGGGUCAUUGUACCACGGCAUUUUACUUAAAUGAGCAAUUCUGCUGCUGGGGCGCUGAAGGAGGUUGCCAGGAAUGGACACCUUGGACCGGUUUCUGGCUGUUUAAUUAUGUGGUUUAUUUCUUUUUUGCGGUGCUACUUGCUGCUAUCGCGGCGAUUCUGGUCAAGACUUUUGCGCCCUAUGCCGCUGGCUCCGGUAUUUCAGAGAUCAAGUGUAUUAUUGCUGGAUUUGUCAUGAAGGGCUUCCUGGGUGCUUGGACGCUAAUCAUUAAGUCAAUUGCUCUACCGCUAGCUAUUGCAUCUGGUCUCUCUGUUGGAAAGGAGGGUCCUAGUGUGCAUUUUGCCGUCUGUACUGGUAACGUCAUUUCACGGUUCUUUGGGAAAUAUAAGACUAGUGCAUCCAAGACCAGAGAGAUUUUGACUGCUUCCGCGGCAGCUGGUGUGGCCGUGGCCUUUGGAAGUCCGAUAGGAGGUGUAUUGUUCUCAUUAGAGGAGAUCGCCAAUUACUUCCCUCUCAAAACUUUGUGGCGCAGCUACUUCUGUGCCCUGGUGGCAACGAGUGUGCUAGCUGCCUUGAACCCGUUCCGAACAGGACAGCUUGUCAUGUUUCAGGUCGAAUAUGAUCGCACAUGGCACUUCUUUGAACUGAUCUUCUUCAUUUUCAUCGGUGUCUUCGGUGGACUGUACGGCGCAUUCGUGAUUAAAUGGAAUCUUCGAAUGGCAUCAUUUCGCAAGAAAUACCUGGGCACUUACCCUAUUGCCGAAUCAGUUGUCCUGGCUGGUCUCACGGCUAUUCUUUGCUAUCCAAACAUAUUCUUGAAAAUUAACAUGACAGAGAUGAUGGAGAUACUCUUCCGCGAAUGUGGAGGUGGACACGAUUAUCACGGACUGUGCCAAGAGCAAAACCGUUGGUCAAUGGUUUUUUCAUUGGCUAUUGCCACCAUUUUGCGCACUGGAUUAGUGAUUAUUUCCUACGGCUGCAAAGUUCCUGCUGGUAUUUUCGUCCCAUCUAUGGCCAUCGGUGCAUCCUUUGGACGAAUGAUAGGAAUCAUGGUGCAGGCACUGCAUGAAUCCUUCCCCAAGUCAGCGUUCUUCGCAUCAUGCGAGCCGGAUGUUCAAUGCAUCACUCCAGGUACCUAUGCUUUCUUGGGUGCCGGUGCAGCGCUGAGUGGAAUCAUGCACAUCACUAUCUCAGUCACAGUCAUCAUGUUUGAGUUGACAGGAGCUCUGACAUACAUUCUGCCUACCAUGAUCGUGGUGGGUAUCACCAAAGCCGUUGGCGACCGAUUUGGAAACGGCGGUAUCGCCGACCGCAUGAUCUGGUUCAACGGAUUCCCCUUCCUAGAUAACAAGGAAGAGCACGUCUUCAAUGUCCCAGUAUCACACGCUAUGACAACGGAUCCACUAUUCAUUCCAGCGUCGGACUUUCCCGUGCGGGAAGCAGAGCACCUGCUCAGCGAUAACAAGUUCCAGGGCUUUCCAAUUGUCGAAGACCGGAGUAGCAAGACUCUCGUCGGAUAUAUUGGACGCACAGAGCUCCGAUACGCUAUCGAUCGUGCUCGAAGUCAGGGCCUUCUCUCCCCGCGUGCCCGAUGCGUGUUCACCAAAGAUGCCGCAGAGGCAUCUGUCGCCCGUCGUGCAUCCGGGCGCCAACACCUCGCCCCCGAUACUUUUGAUGCCAUCCAGGAUAGUGUUGGUGCUGGCAUCGUCGACUUCUCGCGCUUUGUCGACCACACCCCUCUUACCGUACAUCCGCGUCUCCCAUUAGAGACUGUCAUGGAGAUUUUCAAAAAGAUGGGCCCGCGUGUGAUCAUAGUCGAGCACCGCGGCCGCCUAGCCGGUCUGGUAACCGUCAAGGAUUGUUUGAAGUACCAGUUCAAGGUUGAAGCCGAGGAACACGCCCUUGCAGCUACGAGCUCAUCAGAAUUUUCCACUCUUGGCGGUCAUCUAAGCAAUCCUCCACCAGAAACCCUGGAUGACCGCUUAUGGCGCCUGAUCCAGACCGUCAUCGGGUUCGUAUCCAGAUCUGGUCCACGCCGGCCUGUGAGGUUGCGUGAACGGGACCGACCCGGGUUGGCAGAGCCAUCUGAUAUUCUAGAUGGAACGGAGAAUGAAGGGCUGGUUGAGUUGGAGGACAGAGAGGAACGGCCCCGACGUUAA